AUGUCACAUCUCGAAGAGGAUCAACCAGCUGCAACUCCAGAAAUGACUGAGCCUCAACUGAAACUCAGCUGUGAUACGCGGAGUAAUACUCGACUAUCUGAGGUAGGAAGACUCAGAAUCUUGAUCAAGCCUUCGAACCCUUUGGAAACAUACAAUCUCUUAUUCGCGUCAAUGAAUCCAUUAGCCAUGUCAAGACACCUUCUUGGAUGGGUUGCAUUGGCUUUGUUAGUGGUAACGAUUCCAGCUAUCCCCAAAAGUCUUCACCAGUACCUCAUCGGGAGUUUCAGUAUUCGCGUUCCGACAGCCUCGUACUGGUACUGUACCUAUAUUGGUGGGCCUUAUUUCUGUGGACCCAAAGGCCAUAGUCACUCGAGAAAGGUGGCUUCACUAUCAAACACUGUCACGUCGACUGCACGAGAUGUGAGGGACAAGGUGAAUCUGUUGAACAGUGCGAGUAUCUCAUUUUUGCGAAAGGUUUUUCAGAAGCUCGAAGUGAUCCGACUCGUACUGACUUCCAUCGCCGAUGGGGAAGAUAAAUACUUGACUACAUCAGCAUAUGACCGAUUUGGUGAUCUGGUCCAAACCAUAUCGGAAGGUUUUUCUGGCCUGCAAGCGCAGAUAGAUGAUGCCAUUCCCCUGGCCAGGAGAGGCUCGGAUUUCGCUGCGAGUGUCGGUGCUCAAUUUGCAGAGGAAAACAUGCAGCUACGAAAGUUCAAGGCUGGCAUCCCAAUUUGGAAACGUUUAAUGAACUUCGGAAGCUGGGGUAGUCAAUCGCUCAAUAGGAAUAUCGCAAUGACUUCAGCAAGCGCAUCGACAUUAAGGUCUAUUGCGACGAAGCUCGAAGACCUCCGUGCAACUCUUGUGACCUUUGAGGGCAAUGCGAAACAUUUUCGAGCUGAAAUUAUUGGCAAUCACGUGGCGUGUCGUGAGCUAGCAAUCGAAGACGAGUUUCGCGCAAUGAGCCAGGUCAUUGCUCGCUUCAACCAGCUUUCCGAGGCAGCUGCUAUCAAGUCUAAAACAACUCGCCUGAUUUUGCCUACCCCAACCCUUGAAGGUGUUCACCGAUUUACUACUUAG